AGGAUCGUUGUGAGUUCGAGACCAGCCUGAGCUACACACAUCUGCAGACAUGGCCCACCAUGGUGCAGAUGCGUCCCCCUCAGAGAGCCUGGAUGGUGAAGGAGAGAGCCCUGAAGACAGAUACUCGCUGCAUCAGAGCCUGGCCGUCAGGGAGCUCAUAGACACCGAGGGCUCCUAUUUGCACAUGCUCCAACUCUGUGCCUCGGACAUCAGGAGCCGUCUUCAGCAGCUGCCACAGGGAGAUCUGGAUGUCCUGUUCUCCAACAUCGAUGAGAUUGUCCAGGUGAGCACCAGAUUUCUGCGAGGUCUGCAGGAGACAGCCUCCAAGGAAGAGGAGCAAGUGCACCUAAUUGGUAACUUAUUUCUGGAAUUCCGAGAGGAUUUUGAGCAAGUAUAUAAGGUCUACUGUGCCAACUAUGACCAGGCCCUGCUGCUGCUGGAAGCGUACCGGAAGGAGCCAGAGCUGCAGCAGGAGAUCCAGAGCAUCAUCCAGGCUGUGCUGCCACAAGCUGGACCUUCAGGCCUCAGUUUUGUACUGGUAAUUCCCCUGCAAAGGAUUACCAAGUACCCACUGUUGCUGCAGAAAAUCCUGGAAAACACACUUCCUGAUGCCAGUGCCUACCCUGUCCUUCAGAGGGCAACGUCUGCCCUCCAGGACGUGAAUGCCAACAUCAAUGAGUACAAGAUGCGCAAGGAAGUGGCCUCCAAGUACACCAAGGUAGAGCAGCUGACCCUCCGGGAGCGGCUGGCCCGAAUCAACACACACACCCUCUCCAAGAAAACGACCCGGCUAAGUCAGAUGCUGAAGCAAGAGGCCGGGCUGGUGCCCAGGACAGAGGACAAGGAAUUUGAUGAUUUAGAGGAGAGAUUCCAAUGGGUGUCUCUGUGUGUGACUGAGCUGAAGAACAACGUGGCUGCUUACAUGGAUAACUUUCAGGCUUUCCUUCACUUCCGGCCUCAUGAAUGUGACCUGGACAUUCCCAGCGGGCCUGCAGUGCAGUAUUGCAGCCUGGCUAGAGACCUCCAGCGCGAGGCCUUCCUGGAGUUUAAGCAGCGGCUGGAAGGCCUGGUGUGGCGGCCACUGCUGAGCCUGGCCAGAGCCCUGGCCGGUCCUCAGAACCUGAUCAAGAAGCGUCUAGAUAAACUCUUGGACUUCAAGAGGCUAGAAGAGAAGCUGUUGGAAGUGGGCAGCAUGACCUAUGAGGAGGAGGCAGCGCGGCACACAUACCAAGCCCUCAAUGCCCUCUUAGUGGCUGAGCUCCCACUGUUUAACCAGCUGGUGGUGCAGUGGCUGAGCCAGAUCCUGCGUACUUUUGUGGCCCUGCAGAGAGACCUUGCAAAGCAAGUGCUACAGAGGGCAGAGGGCAGCAUAGCCCAGCUGCCCCACCACCACAUGUCAGAGCCUGUCUUCAGGAAGCUGGUGGAGGACAAGCUAGGCCAAUCCCGGAGCCAGCUUCGUUCCUUUCGAGAGAACUUCGAGAAAGUGCUGCCACCUCCCUCAUCACAACCACUCCUGCCAGGCUCGGAGCACCAGGUGCAGGCUCUCCUGAGCAAGUACGGUCCUGGGAAGCUUUACCAGGUGACAAGCAACAUCAGCGGGGCAGGGACUCUGGACCUGACACUGCCACGGGGCCAAGUCGUGGCCCUCCUUCAAAACAAGGACACCAAAGGCCACAGCAGCCGCUGGCUGGUGGAUACAGGAGGACAUCGGGGCUAUGUGCCGGCUGGGAAACUGCAGUUUUACCACGUCGUUCCCAAGGAGGAGCUCAGAGGACAAGCAGGGUGGCAGCAGGGCUCCCAUGAUCUAGCACCAGAGUCUGCCCCCACCCCAGUGCCCUCGGUUCCAGCUGUGACCCAGGUGGUAGCAGCGUACCCCUUCACGGCCAGGAGCACACAUGAAGUGAGUCUGCAGCCAGGCCAGCCCGUGACCGUCCUGGAGGCCCACGACAAGAAGGGGAACCCGGAGUGGAGCCUGGUGGAAGUGAACGGACAGAAGGGAUAUGUGCCUUCUGGCUUCCUGGCCAGGGCCCCAAACCUCGCCCCGUGGGGCUGGACUCUGCCCUCCUAGGGGCCGUCCCUGGAAUGGGUGGGGCUUAGAGGCUGUGACCCUGUUAAGAAGUAAAGCAAAGAAAGUGCAGGAGUGGGAAAUGGGGGAAUCAGGCCAGGUGAGUGGAGGCGCCUGGUGUGGGAGGCCCCGAUCACUCGUGUCUGCGUAAGAAAGCCUGUGCAACCUAGGGUCCUGGCUGAUUGGCUCGGACUUGCCAUAGCGUGUAGCCGGUCUUAUCUGUGCCUCUGUCUGGGCCUGGCCAUGGGGAGGGGUAGCCCCGGUGAGUGCCACCUGUGUGCUCUGUGGUUGCAGGGAAGGGGCUGGAGAUAUACAGGAUUGCCUGGCCCUAGUGUGUACUUCCUCUGUGUGGACUCUGAGGACACCAGGGCUGGCUGGUCAGUUUUUGUUUUUCCAUGUUGGGAUCUGAGUUAUCUUGGACAGUGAACCCCUGAGAGUCCUCUUAGUGUCAGUGGAGAGGUUCCCAGGGGAGUCUUCCUGGACCUGGGAGUGGGUGUGACCCAGUCACAGCUCUGGAAUGUGUAGGCAAAUUCUCAGCAGACUCCAGGACACAGGGGAUUUUGAUGGCAUGUUAGGUAAGGUGUAUAAUACUGCCGGCAGCGAUUGGAGCAUGCCACUGUUUUCCCUGGAGUAGGAGCAUGCAAAUCAGUGCAGAAACUCUGAGGACGCUGACUGCAGUCUGGUGGGUGGGGAGGUGAGGUAAUGCCAUAGCUUCCUGUUUCUGGGUGGAAUAGCUGGGGAGCCCCGUAGUUUCAGGUUGCCUCCCUGGGCCUGGAGGCAGCAGGAAGCCCAAGGUCAGUUGGCUGUGGCCUUUGACAUAGGAUGCUACACCAGUUCUCCCAUCCAGGUUGUGAGACUGGCUAGGGGCUAAGUGUGCAGAGGUUCCUUGGAAACUGUAAAAUGUGACACCAGAAUGAGUGCCAUCAGUGGUGUUAGGAUGGCCCCGGGCAUCCGCUGACCUGGACUGGCAGGUGGGCAUGCUGCCAACCCUGAUGCCCAUGCCCAUGGCAGCAAACAUAGGCCAUCAGCAUAGCGUCUUUUUUCCUUAAACCCAGCCUGUACUUGGGGUCUUUCUCAAUGUGUUCAUGGUGGAUUAAUAAUAAGGGUACAUUCUCAGGCAUGUUUGUUAAGAGAUUGUGUUGCAGGACUGGCAUAGGUUGUAUUCUUACAAGCUUACUAGCUCUGAUACCACUAGACAGCAUAAUAUAUGGGACCUCCGGCAGACAUGCUGUUUGUAGGUGGCUAUGCAGCAUGGGACUGUGCUGCCUCCUCGGUGGCUGGUCCCUUGAACUCUUGAGUGAGUCACCCCUAUCUUGAGCCUGGAAACCGAGAUGCCCCACAAAUUAUGUCCUGUCCCAGGACACUGGCUACUGGGGCAGUGCUGGGUGUGGUGUUGGACCAAGGUACAUCACAGGCUUCUCAGAAAGGGGAGAAUGUGACACACUGGCAUCGUCAUGUAGCUUUUACAGGUUUGUAACUGGCCCUCACAGAAUGUGUGUGGCACAGGUGACAAUUUAGAUUUAUUUCCAAGAAAGUCUCUGUUAUAGCAAGAGUGCUGAACACUGUUAGCUCUGGUAUCUGAAGGCCUCUUGAGAAAAAAAAAAACAAAAAACAAAAAACAUAGCUGUCAGUGUCAGACAGUCUACAGUGUGCUACCCUCGGCCUGUAUAAGCAGGAAGAUGCUGCAUAAAGCCAGAGAACCUCAGCCCCCACAAUCCAUUUCCCAGCCCCAUAUUCACUUCACAAGAUGCUCUUGAUGCAUUUUUUUCUUUCCUACUCAGAUUUCUGAUAAAAAUAGGGAUCACAGGAGAAGAUAUUACGAAGUGUGCUAAGUAUUCUGAUCAGGAGCCCACUGUGUGCUGGGGUCCUGGCUUGGGGAUUCUCAGCCCAGCUGCUCUGUCUUUGCUUGGGAAUCUUUAGACCAGAAGUCAAAGCUAGCCAGAGAGGCUCCUGGGGUGGCCUGGGCCCUUCUCCUCAGGAACCUCCCCAGCCAGGCCGAGGACCUCUGCCCUAGAUGCACAUGGUGGACAAACAGACCUGGGGUCAGAGAUGGCACAGGGCAAACUAAGAUGAGCCCCACCUGAGCUUUGUACAGGCUGUUUAAACAGGCAGCAUGUGAGGUGGUUUGAAACAGGACAGCCUGUUCUGUCAGGUCCCAGAAUGUAUAUUUAUUAAGUGCCGUUGAAAGGGACCUGAACAAAAUUGGAUGUUCUCAUGGGCAUAGGGAGAAAAAUGAAAUCCGUGUGGAACCAAGGCUCUCUUAUGAAGGGAAAAUAAAAAUGUAUUCAGUUGCAUGUGGGUUAUGGUUUCUCAUAGACCAGGGGAUGAGAUUAAAAGUCAGUGAAGAGUGAGAAAAUGUGUAUUGGGAAGGUGGAGAAUGGCCUGCGCUUUCUCCAGGGGACUGCAUAAUGUGCCUUUUUACCCCCAGGUGCCCAGAACCGUUGUACUGUACCUCACUUAUUUCCCUGUUGGGCAGUCACACCCAAACUGGCUGAGAUACUUGCCUCCUAGCUGAACAGCCUUCCAGGAGAGGAAGACUGGUUCACAAGGGCACUCCUGCCCUCUGCAGCAGUGAGAUGUCUUUAACUCUCUGGGCGCCAGUGCUGUUUUGGAUGUGAGGGCUUGACUGCAGGGUCUGGGGAAAGAUGAAUGGGUGCCCUGAUUGGUAACAUGAAUGUUGGCUCGCUGAGUAACCGAUGGGAACUGCUGGGAAUAAAGGGCUUCAAAGAUGA